UGCAAAUUGAACUUUCAGGUCAUAUCAGCAGAUGAUAUGUUCCAGAUGUGUAUUUUAAAUACAUGUGUAAAGUGAAAAGAAGUGUAAGCAAAUUUAAGUGGUUUUAGAACUGAAAUUAUAUUUGACAUAAAAUAGAAACUAUUGUGAUUCUCAAGAUGUCGUCCAAUGAUAUUGUCCAGAUUCCAAACUCAAACCUAGGUGAACCCCUAUUAAAAGAUGAUAAAAAACAACAAGAAGGUUUGACCGUUCCUGAUGAAAAUUUCAUAAAGGGAAAAGAAGGUAAAGAGGAUAGAAUUAAUGAGUCUUGUAACACUCCACUUAAACCAAAGAAAAAAGGCAGACCAAAAGGAAGACCACAGAGAAAAGCUUCGAAUUUUAUGACACCACCAAAAAAGUCUUUAAUAAGAAAUCGGAAAGCUAACCCUGAAACAUGGAAGAAGAAUAUUAGGAAAAAACUGAGACUUUCAGGAAAGGAGUAUAUUUCAGCAAAAGGAAAAGUUGUUGAAGAAAAAAAAGUAAAAUCUGUAGACUGUUCAAAAUGCACUUAUAAAUGUAAUUUAGGUAUAGAUGACGAACAUAGGCAGCAAAUUUUCACAACAUUUUGGUCUCUAGAUACAGACGCCAGAAAGAAAGAUUUUAUCAUUGCUAAUGCAACGCAAAAGAAAACUAGAACAUAUUUAGAUGAUAAUGAUGAACCUGUUAAAAAAAAAGAGAAAUGUUCACAGAUCAUACUCAUUUAACGUUGAUGGGAACCCUGUCAAAAUAUGCAAGAGUUUUUUUUUGGCAACUUUAGGGAUUGGUGAGGCCUUUGCAAACCAUGCGUUUAAAAAUGAACAAGAUGGCAUUUAUAUUGGAGAAGAUAAACGUGGUAAACAUGUGCCCUACAACAAAACAACCAAUACUGCAAUGGAUUUGGUAAGACACCACAUAGAGUCCAGUCCGUUAGGAGAUGGCCAUUACACUUGCAAAAUUUCAAACAGGAAGUAUUUUGGAGCAGACGUGAAUAUGAAAAAAAUGUAUGAAUUGUACAUAGAACACUGUAAAGAUCUAAUUCCAGAGAAAGACAUUGUCAGUCAGGCUGUGUAUAGGAAAAUUUUCAAUGACGAAUAUAAACUUUUCUAUUCAUGUACCAAAAAGGACUAUGUAGUUUGAUCAAACUACCAGUACCACCAACGAAACAAUAAAGGAUAUAAUAAACAUCAAGCAUAAAAACUUGCAGCUGCAGAAGAAAAGAAAAAGGAUAUUAUAGAGUUAAUUGAUUGAAUUUGCCAAAAAGAAAAGAAAUAUUUGUAUCUCAAACUUGCGUCUGAAAACCAUGAGUAUAACAAAUCAUUACCAGCCAACAUAAAUGUGACAGACAAUCUUGCCAAAACUGAUGUGGAUUAAGAAAUAAUCUUACCAGAAUAAGACAUGUUAGAUAGACAAUUUCAAUGACACUGAAUUUUUUAAAGUUGAAUCAGGAUGCUAAAUCUCUGUUUCAAUGAUGGCUGCAACAGAUUUUUCAAAUUUUUAUGUUUGAGAUGUUGACAGAUUGUUUUUUAAGAUUCUGUAAAAAUUUUACGGAUGAAAUUAGAAUUGUUUUAGUCUUAUGCAAAUAGGAAAUCUAUAACAAUAUACUAAUUAAAUCAUACAAGAAACAUUGUUUUCAUUAAAAUCAA